AUGGAAACAAGAAUAAAUUCUCAAGAGCCUUCUGAAUGCCAAAGAAAGGGUCUUCGUGCUCAGCGUUUGGAGGAUCUCUUGGCAAAAUCAUUAUCACAGACCAUUAAAGCGUGUAGUUAUGAGCAGGUUGCAAAGUGUUUUCCUGCAUUGGCUAAGAAUUCUCCAGAGGUUUUGAGGAAUGCACAUAAACAGGUUAUUUCGUUUUUGCAGAGUUCAUGUGAGAGGGAAUUUAUGUCUAUUUUGAAGGAGAGAGAUGUUGUUUCUAGAUUGAAUGAGUUGGAUAAUCUUAUAACGAAUGCAAAAUUACGUCAAGAAAGUGGAGAGCCGCCUAGUAUUUUACCAACCUUGUUAUCGCCUGAGCAUGUUGUGAAUUCCUAUCUUUAUCCUCUUAAAAUGAAAGAGCUUUCUGUUUUGAAAGAACAGUUGAAAAAUACGCAAGCAAAGAAUACAGAUUCUUACAAAAAGGUUGCAUUGCAGCGUGAUGAAAUAGCUCAUUUAGCUUUAUCUAUAAAAAAAGCAAUUGAAGAGCUAGAUCUUGCUGUACAGCAUUCUAUUCAGACACCUAUACAAGCUAUGCAAACACAAAUGGACGAGAUUGUACCAAUACUUCAAGAAGGAUUAUAG